GUGCUUAUCUAAUAUAUAUUAAUCCACUUCAACAGUUGAGCUUACCCUGGAUUUGCCUUCUGUCCAUCAAUUAUGUAAAGUUUGCAAGUUCUGUGUUACAGUUAACAUUUCAAGCUAACCUUUUUUGUCAAUCAUUUAAAGUAAUCUCUUUUUACGCUUGUGUUGUUCAUUUUAAAAGUGAAUUAAGUUAAUGUCUGUGUUAAAAUUUUAGCCCAUUUUUAAUGUUAAUUGCUUGAUAAAAUCAAAUUGAGAUUCAAAUUGAAGUUCAUUUGACACAAUUUUGUUACUUUGAUUUGGGUUUUUAAACAAUAUCUGAAUCUAACUGGUAUCAUCUUGGACUAUAUAUCUUUAAGUACUCGAUAUUUUAUUUUUCUCUCAACAAAUCAACACGGAUUAUGUUUUUGCUUAUCAAUCAAUUAAUGUAUAAAUUUGUUUUAAAAUAGUCAUCGUAAUUGUUGUAAACAUGUUAAUUGAAAACCCUGAGUCCCUUAAAACCUGGUUAACUUCCUAUUUGGAGCCCUUGUGUGAUGCCGAUCCUCAAGCUUUGGCUCAAUAUGUUAUGGCUUUAAUUGGCAAAGAUAAGCCUGCUAAGGAUCUGAAAAACAAUCUCUUCGAACAAUUGGAAGUGUUUUUACAAAAAGAGACUGAACCAUUUGUUGAGGUUCUUUUUCAAACGUUAGAAAAUAAAUCUUACUUGAACUCUGUCCAUUCGGAUAGCCAUAGUAGUACCUCAUCUGAUAGAUCGCCAAGUGGCUGUGAUGGUAUUGGAAAUUUACCAUCCACUAUCGAUCAUUACAAAGUUCACGAACCUAUUGGUUCACCUUUACCCUCCCUAUCACCUAUAUAUGAUCCUAAAAUAUCUUUAUUAAAUUUACCCGAUUCAAGUGCAUCAGCUCCCAGUAAUCAAUUAACAGCUACUGCUCACUCUAAAAGGUCAUAUCAUAACCGAGAAAGAAGCAAAAGCAGGUCUCAUUCACGGAGUCGAAGUCGAUCUCGUUCACCUCCCAUUUCAUCUUCACAAAAUCGUCAUCGUCCACGGGAUGUUGACAUGAGACGACCAGGUGGUUAUGCAGUAGUUCCCAAUCAAGGUGGAUCUCGUAGCCAUUACAUUGAAGAAAGAAAUCGAAGAACAGGUUGGAACGGACCUUCUUCAAGAGGUAUGAGUCGUCGUUAUGGACCAUCAUCAUCAUCAUCUUCAUUAUCAUCAUCAUCUCACCUUGGGGGAGGUUAUCGAAGGAACCAGCAGCAGGUAACAAGGCGUUCUCGGUCUCGAUCUAAAAGUCGGACACCAUCAAGGAGCAGGUCUAGUUCAUACUCUCCUCAUUCAAAUCGAAGUCGUAGCCGUAGUCCUAGCCAUGAUAGGGGUCGUACAAAAGAUAAAACUAGAAAUAAAAACCAGAAUAGAGUACAAUCUACCUCAAGAAGUCGUAGUCGAAACAGAGAUGGUCCAGUGGCCAAAAGAACAAAAAUCAGCUCAAAAUCUCCUCUUGAUGAGGAGGGAGAAGAUGGAAAAGAAGAUAAACCAUUCAUCAAAAAGCGAUGUCGUGAUUACGAUGAAAGAGGUUUUUGCAUGAGAGGUGAUCUAUGUCAAUACGAUCAUGGUAGUGAUCCUGUUGUAUUAGACGGUGCAGUAUCGUCAGUUGUUCUUGGUCUUGCCGCCAAUGGAGCAACAACUUUAACUGCUACCCAGAGUAUUGCAGCGGGAUCAGCUAAUUUCCUCAAUGAACCCUAUAACCCCGAAGCACCAGGGAUUGAUAAACAAAUGAAUCCUCAUGGAGCUCGUCGUGGCUCUGGUGUUGGUGCACUUGUUGCUCCUCUUCGUGUACCAGUAAAAUCAGUCGGUAACAAUUAUAAUCACCUUCCUCAGCAUCCAUUCUGGAGCAAUAUCACUACACCAUUGCGACCAAUCCCUCCUGGACCUGGUUCUAGUUCUUUCAUUCCAUCAUUGAGUCAACAAAAUAGGCCAAGAGAAUUAGUUGGUGUUCCAACCUUAUCUGAUGGUAAAAACUCAUCAUCAUCCUCAUCAAAUAUUAAUCCAGAGAUACCCAAAAUACCUCAUUCAAGUACUAUUGAUUCAUCAACUUCAACAACAAUCAGUGGAAACAAUAAUGGAUCUAAUAGUCAUACUACUAAUAGUAAUAUGUCUAGGAGGGGAGGAAACAAUUCUGGUCGUGGAGGUAAUGGAAGUGGACAUAGAGGAGGCUUUAGAGGUGGUUACCUGAAACGUAUGGUAACCAAUGAUAGUGCUGAUAAGUGUACAUUAGAAGUUCGCAAAAUACCGCCAAAUCUUAAUACCAUCGCAAAUCUUAAUUCUCAUUUCUCGAAAUUUGGUUCAAUUGUAAAUUUACAAGUUUGUUAUGAUGGAGACCCAGAAGCCGCCUUGGUUCAAUUCGCUAGUCACAGUGAAGCACUGUCUGCCCAUCGUUGUACCGAAGCUGUUCUAAAUAAUCGUUUCAUUAAAGUUUUCUGGCAUUCAAAGGACCAAAGUCAACAGUCUAACCAACAAUCACAACCACCAGCGACCCCAGCCCAAUGUCAUCAAUUGUACGGUAAAGCAUAUGAAUCUAGUUUACGAGAUCGUGCAGCUAACGGAAGUUUAGUGAAUGAGUCCAAAAAUAUCGACUCAAACAAUUCUCGACCGAAUGUUAAAGAAAGACUUGGCUUACGUCAUGGCACAGAUCAGGAUAAAAAUUCUGUAUCAACCAAUGUUACAUCUACUGGGUCCAUAUCUCGAACUGUUUUCAACCCAUUGUUGUUGAAAAAACAAUAUCCGUCUUCUGCAUCUAUAGCAACUUCCACUACAGUUAAUCAAGCUAACCCUGUCGUGAAUCCAGGCGCGCCCAAUUCUGGUCCUGUUGCUCCCGCUAAAAGUAAAGAAGACCUCAAGAAAGAUAAGCUUUUGAAAAAACUUGACUUACAAAAGAAACGCCAGCAGAUUCUACUUUCCUGUAUGCAGCAGCAAAAACUAUUGAUCGAUAAACUUCAAAAAGCCAAAACGGAUAAAGAAAAGACUGAUAUCCGAUCAACAGUUGCAGCUCUUGACAAACAGAUUAAAAAACUUGAAAGUGAUAUUAAAAAGGAUGCUGAGGUGAUACUUGCUGAAACAGCUAAGCUCCCAUCAUCCGGAAAAAAGAGUAAAAUACAAGUUGAAAAAGAACUUCUUGAUGUUGAAAUGGACUUUUAUAAUGAAUUACAUAAAGGAGCGACAACAACUGAGCUGAAUGCGAAAUUACAAGAACUCAAAAUUAAGACCAAAAAUCUUUGCAUGAAUGAUGUUAGAUAUACAAAAACAAUGAUGAAGCGUUUCGCUGAAAUGAAAGGUGCCUUACGAGGUCGUAAUCGAUUAGCUAAUCAUACUUUGGCCAAAAAUUUUGAAAACCUCAGAAAAGUUGACAGACGAACUCGUAAAAUUUUUAUUGAAGGAGUAGCUGAGGAUGAUAACAACGUUUUACUGGCACAUUUAUCGCAAACUGCUGAAAUUGAAAGCCUGGAGUCAAUGCCUCAAGGUGUAAUGGUUACUUUCAAAACACGUCGAGAUGCUGAAAUGGCUUUACCCUUAAUAUCAACUGUAAAAUUGAAAGAUCAAGUUCCACUGAAGGCAUCUUGGUUCGAUGAAGCCAAAGUUAAAACCGAAGAAUCAGAAAUCGCAAACUCUAUCGAUAAACCAUCCGAUUUAGAAUCUUUGAUCGAAAAUGAAAUUAACUUAAAUAACGAUAAACUUGACGAAGACGUUGACCAAGAAGAUUUAAAUGAAGGAGAAGGUGUAGAAGAUGAAGAAAUCCCAGAAGCAUGUGAAAAUCUAUUAAAAGAAGAAGAACAAGAGGAGGAGCAAGAUGAAGAACGAAAAGUAGAUUUUGUUGAAGAUGAAGAAGAGGCAAGAGCGGAAGCUCCUGAAGAUCAAGAUGAGGAGUUUGAAACAUCUCCUGAAGGCGUUAAUGUUAAAAUAGAUGAGGGAGACAACGAUGAGGAAGGUGAUGAAAUUGGAACUCAAGAUGGUAACCAAGCUUCACCAGUUGAUGAGUUAUCAUUGGGCGUCGGAGUCGAAGAUGACUUACUUGAAGAGGAAGAAACUGACGAUGAAGAUGAAAGUCGAGCAUGGCGUCGAUAACUAACUUAAAAAAGUGAUAAGUCAAUUAAAGAGUAAACAAAACAACAAAAGAUGAAAUUAAAUAACAAAAAAAACUUUAAAAUUAAAACGAGAGAGAAUAAAAACAAUGUUAAGAAAAAAGCUUCAUUUUGAUUACAGUUACAACAACAAAAAA